UUGGACGCAGCUCUCUUGAAACAACAUGAUGUUAAAUUGUACAAUAUUUUGGUACAAUUUCCAGAGACUGUCAUUUCUAUUUUCGACGUUGUUAUGGCCGAAGAGUGGCAUAAACUCAAAGGAGAUGAAGCUCAAAUUUCUAUUACUGUUAAUUUGGAUACACUUAAACCAAUGAGAGCUUUGAAUCCUUGCGAUAUCGAUAGACUUGUUGGAAUUCAAGGAAUGGUGACUAGAUUGAGUGAAAUUAUUCCAGAUAUGAGAGGAGCUUAUUUCAAGUGUUCUGGUUGCAGUGCCUCAAAAUAUGUCCCUCUUCAACAGGGAAGAGUUAAAGAACCACCAAAAUGUACAAGUGACACUUGUUCUGGUUCCACUUGGAUUUUAAUACACAACAGAUGUCAAUACUAUGAUAAACAAGUUAUCAAAUUGCAAGAAACUCCAGAAAGCAUUCCUGAAGGUGAAACUCCACAUACUGUCAAUUUGUGUGUUUUUGAUAGUCUUACCGAUAGUGUUAAACCUGGUGACAGAGUUAAAGUAACUGCAAUUUAUAGAGCCAUCCCAAUCAGAAUCAGUUCCAAACAAAGAAAAGUUAAGAAUAUUUUCAAAACAUAUCUAGACGUGUUGGGUUUCGAAAAGAUUGGUAUCAGUGUUAUGAAUGCAGAACUAACUACUGCGGCAGCCAAAAGUUCAUCCUCUCUGGAUGAUGCCAACGAAGAUGAACAACUCUCCAAAUUAAUGAAUAUUACUCCAUUAGAAGAAGCAGAAAUCAAGCUUCUCUCUGAAAAUCCUAAUAUUUAUCAAAUGUUACAAGACUCUAUUGCACCUGGUGUGUUUGAAAUGACCAGUGUUAAAAAGGGAAUACUUUGUCAAUUAUUUGGAGGUACCAAUAAGAAAAUACCGAAUGGUCAACUGAGAGGAGAAAUUCACAUUUUACUUUGUGGUGAUCCUGGUGUGAGUAAGUCGCAACUUUUGAUACAGGUACACAAAAUUGCACCAAGAGGAAUUUAUACAUCAGGUAAAGGAAGUUCAGCUGUUGGUUUGACAGCCUAUGUCACUAAAGAUCCUGAUUCAGGUGAUAUGGUUUUAGAAUCAGGGGCCCUUGUAUUGUCUGAUCUUGGUAUUUGUUGUAUUGACGAAUUUGACAAAAUGUCUGAUCAAACUAGAUCUGUUCUCCACGAAGUCAUGGAACAAUGUACAGUAUCAGUAGCCAAAGCUGGUAUUAUUUGUACCCUUAAUGCUAGAACCUCAAUUUUGGCAGCUGCCAACCCUAAAGAAUCUAGAUACAACUCCAAUCUUUCAAUUGUUGAAAAUAUCCAACUUCCACCUACCCUUUUAUCCCGUUUUGAUUUAAUCUUCCUUCUUCAUGAUACUCCAGAUAGAGAUAGUGACGAAAAGCUAGCCAAACACAUUAUUUCGCUUCACUUUGAUGUUCCAGAACACGACACCUCAACACUGAUACCAAAGGAAUUAUUAGCAAAAUAUAUUGCCUAUGCCAGAAAUCGUAUACAUCCUGUCAUUACAGAUGAUGUGAAACACUAUUUAGUUGAAGGUUAUUUGGGUCUAAGAAAGUUUGGAUCACAUAAGAAGAAUAUCACAGCAACAACCCGUCAGCUCGAAUCUCUUAUUCGUUUAUCUGAAAGUCUUGCCCGUAUGAAACUGAAACAAAAAGUAGAAAGAGAUGACGUAGAAGAGGCAAUGAGGCUUGUGAGAGAGUCCAUUUUCAAAGCUGCCUUUGAUCCAAAGACAGGAACAAUUGAUAUAGAUCUGUUGCAAACUGGUCGUUCUGCUGCAGACAGAGAAUUAAACGAU